AAGAUCCCAGUCUUUCUGGAACUGUCGUCUGCUUGGGUGGAGGCUGCUUGCGGAACUGACGAUCUCCUUUGAGAAUUUCUGGAGUACGAUGAACAAGGGCUUAUAGGUUAAAGUGAUAUAGGAAAAGAGUAGCCACCAUGGAUCCAGUAGAAAAUGGCGAGGCAGUCCGUGACAUGGGUGCCAACCGUCAGAUCACUGACCCUGACUUUGACACGACUGUUGCUGAUCAUCGUCAUCAGUACAUAGGUCUGCGACUCCCACACAAACCGAAGCGUCCGGGUCGGGGUCACAGUCACAGGCGAACAAAGGGAGAGUACAAAGUCAAUGACGCAGUAUCUCCAAAUGAGGAUGUAUAUAUUCCACCACAAGCGUCCUUGACCCCGAGCGAGCAGAUUCACCACCUGCUGGACGAGGUGACUGACGACGCCCAUCAGACGCACGAUGUGUUCUGCCAGAUGGACAAUCUGUACACCCUGGCAGGGGAGUCUGAGUGGCGAGAAAUGGCCAGGUGGGUGAAGUACGAGGAGGACGUGGAGGAGGGUGGGGAGCGGUGGUCUAAACCCCACGUGGCCUCAUUGUCUCUGCACUCCCUGUUCGAGCUUAGGAGUAGUCUGAUGAGCGGAUGCGUUACCCUGGAGAUGGACGCCUACCACAUCACACAAGUAGCAGAUCUCCUGCUGGACAACCUGAUUGCGUCCAAGCUGUUGGAGGAGGGUUUGCGGGACGACAUCCGCAACGCCAUGCUGAGCCCUCACGUAUUUCAACACACGAAGCGUCGCAGGGCGUCGCAGGCUGACAUCGACAACGCCCCCUUUCUUCGCCGGCUGUCCAUGAGGAGGAGCAUGUCCGACAAAUCCAGGAACAUGUCCAUUAAAGGAAAAGACUCGAUGACCAACGUGAGGAACAUGUCUAUGAAGAGGAACCCCAAUAGCAACCCCAACUUUGAGAACACGAACGGAGACCUCACCGAGUCAGCAUCUUCAGGAAAGCUGAAUCAGCAGUUUAUGAGGAAGAUCCCCGAGGGGGCUGAGGCCGCCAACAUCAUGGUGGGUGAGAUUGAGGGCCUCAAGUACCAGGUGGUGGCCCUAGUGAGACUGAUAGAAGGGAGGUCUAUCGGUGACCUCACGGAGGUCCCUAUCCCAACCCGCUUCCUCUUCUUCUUCUUCGGACCGCCAGGCAGUCAGGCCAAGAACAUAGAAAUCGGCAGAGCAAUCUCGACCAUCAUGGUAGAUCAGGUGUUCCGGGAGGUGGCGUACAAAGCCAGGAGCCGCCAAGACAUUCUGGCCGGAGUGGACGAGUUCCUUGACCAGGUCACCGCACUGCCUCCAGGCGAGUGGGACCCCAAGAUUAGGAUAGAACCACCCCAGAGCGUUCCCUCACAGGAACCCAGAAAAGCUCCCAAACCGGUCGAACCGGAAGAGCCCGAGGAGGAAGAGAGUCACUGUGAUCCGACCCUACAGAGGAGUGGCAGGUUGUUCGGAGGCAUGAUCGCCGACAUCAAGCGUAAGCUACCCUGGUAUGGCAGCGACUUCAAGGAUUGUUUACACAUACAGUGCGUGGCGUCAGUCAUCUUCUUGUACCUUGCAACGUUAACCCCCAACGUUACAUUUGGAGGCCUGCUGGGUCAGGCUACAGACCAGUACAUGGGUACUAUGGAAUGUAUUCUGACCGCUGCCAUCACCGGCGUGUUGUUUGCUCUGUUUGCUGGUCAGCCGUUGAACAUCCUCGGCAGUACAGGGCCUAUGUUGGUUCUGGAGAUGAUCCUGUAUCAUUUCUGCCACGACAACGAACUGGAUUUCUUACCAUUGCGGUGCUGGAUUGGACUUUGGACAGCGUUCAUAUUGCUUCUGAUCGUUGCCUUUGACCUGAGCGCCCUAGUUCGAUACAUCACUCGCUUCACAGAGGAGAGCUUUGCAUGUCUCAUCGCUGUUAUCUUCAUUGCUGAGGCCUUCAAGAAGCUGGUUGGCAUCUUGGACAAAUCCCCCGUGAAUACAAAUCCGGACAUGGAGCUCAUCUAUGAUUGUGAAUGCUUCCCACCCAAUAGCACCAACUCAACACUCUGGAACACAACGUUUGGUGGCAUGACCUCAACCACGGCCGUCCCAGUCGUCGCUUACACUAUCGACGAUGGCAUGGAUGUCCUGAACUCCUCCUUGAACGGCACGAUGGACAUGGUCAUCAACUGGACCACUGUUACCAAGAAGGAAUGCAUCGAAUAUGGCGGAGAGCUGAUAGGCGAAGGGUGUAACACACCGCACUACGUCAGUGACGUCUUCUUCCUCUCCGUCCUGCUCUUCCUUGGCACCUUCACCGUCGCAUCAGCCCUCACAGGAUUCAAAAACAGCAGCUUCUUCCCGACAUUCGUCCGCCAAUCCUGCGCUGACUUCGCCGUGUUGAUCGCUAUCCUUCUGAUGGUGGGACUUGACGCAGCUAUAGGAAUACACACCCCAAAAUUGGAAGUCCCAGAAAAGUUCAAGCCCACACGUGACGACCGAGGAUGGUUCGUCAACCCCUGGUCAGACAAAAACCCUUGGUGGAUGAUCAUUGCUGCUAUCGUACCAGCUCUCCUCGCCACCAUCCUCGUCUUCAUGGAUCAGCAGAUCACUGCCGUCAUCGUCAACAGGAAGGAGAACAAGCUUAAGAAAGGAAGUGGAUACCAUCUUGACAUGUUCGUCGUCGCUAUCUGCAUCGCGUUGUGUUCCCUGCUGGGGCUGCCGUGGUAUGUUGCUGCCACCGUCUCUGCCCUCGCCCACGUUAUGAGUCUCAAGAAGGAGUCCGAGUGCACAGCCCCCGGCGAAAAACCAACUUUCCUCGGAUGCAGGGAACAGCGAGUUACGGCUUUGAUGGUGGGUCUCCUCAGUGGUCUUUCUGUCCUCUUCACCACAGUCCUAAAGUUUAUCCCUAUGCCAGUGUUGUAUGGAGUGUUCCUCUACAUGGGUGUGGCUGCCCUCAAGGGUAUGCAGUUCAUCGACCGUCUCCUGCUGCUGUUCAUGCCCAAGAAGUACCAGCCAGAUUUCACUUACCUGCGUCACGUACCUACGAAGAGAGUUCACUUGUUCACCUUUAUCCAAGCCAUUUGUCUUGCCGUUCUCUGGGUCAUCAAGACCAUCAAGUCCGUCUCAAUCAUUUUCCCUAUAAUGGUUUUAGGCACCUGUUUCGUGCGUAAAGGUAUGGACUACAUCUUCACCCAGCACGAGCUUAAAUGGUUGGACGACAUUAUGCCUGAGGCCAACAAGAAGGCAAAGGACGAUGCAAAGAAGAAGGCGCUAGAAGAGGCUGAGGACCUGCUCCAGAACGACUACGACGACAAGAUGAUGGAGGUAAAGUACCACCAGACACAUCUGGGGGACAAGUUUUCCCCCAAGACUAGGCGAGUCUCUACUGACACUGACAGGGUAAAUAUCUCGGAAGAGAUGGCCAAGACAGCUAUCUGGCUGAAGAUGAAACAGGAUAGUGAUGACCAGGGGAGAUCAAAGCGCAAAAAGUCUGAUAAGAAUGGACGAAAUGGACACUCGGGCGCCAGUAAAGCUAAUUUCUAUAUGGGAGACGAAGAGGAGGCGAAAGAAAGAGAGAGCAAGAUAUGAUCGUCUACGCCAACUUCAUCAAAGAAAGUUAUAAAACCAUUUAACCCUAAGAGGGCCUCAAUAAUCUUUCACUGCUCGUCUUCCAUUGGUCACACUCGCUAGGGUUAAUUCAGUGACCCUUUGACCAGAAAAGCCGUUUGAGGUUGUAAUAUUUUCUGAGGAAGUGCACUUAUGAACGAACUUUGUUGCUGAUUCAGUGAAGGGAAUAGUAUUUUUAAGGACAGGAAAAAAACAUUGUUCACAGCCAGUCCGUGUGGUUAUUAACCUGAUCGAUCUGGUAGAUACGUAAACGUGAUAUGUGUUCAUUACCAAUCGAUUUGAUAAACGUUUCAAGUAAGAGUAUUUUAAAAGAUCACAGAGACUUUACGUUUUGGUCUAUUGUUCAAUACAGAUCUAUGCAACAUGAGUAAUUCAGUAUGAUAGAUACGUAUAGUUAUCGUGCCCUUUCCGACAAUGUACAUAUCCGUCAAAACACCCCAUUGAUUGACAGCUGUCACUCUCAGUGAAUGUAUAUUUCAGCAAACUAUUAUAUACCUUGGUGCCUUUGAAAACAAUGCAAGAUACAGAAUAUAUCUACUGUCCUAUCUUGUUGCUGAAUUCAGUCAGCCCUGUGUGUGUUACUGUAGUUGAUUUCACGGUGUAUAAUCUAUUGUAUGAUUAUGACCAGAUUAUAUAUUUAGAAAAUGUUGUCAAUGAGAGUAUUUAAGUCGUCACAAGUUCCAACACAGGUGUACAUAUCAGCGUUGUUAUUUGUAACACGAACCUCCAUUGGACUAUUUUCUAGCCAAUCAGGAACCUUUUGCUGAGGAUCGAAAACGUAAAACAAAAUUGACAAUCACAGCAAAUACUUUCAACGGGCAUGUUUAGAUUUAAUAUUUCCGUUAAACAUUAAUGCUUAAAUCAAGCUCGUUAAACGGAAAUGAAACCUACAUACAUCGAUGACGUGUACCUACUCUGUAGAGUAAAUAAAUGUAAAUAGAAUAAUUCCUGUUUGUCUAUAUGCUAUUAGGAAAUUGUAUGGAUUUCAGAUGUAUAGGUAUGGAUUUCACAGGUUAGAGGUAUGGAUUUCACCUCUGGUAUGGCGCUGUGUAGAGUUUACAUUCCAGCUUAGGGAUUUCACAUGAUAAGUAUGGAUACCAGGUUUGAAAUGUGUACGCACAUCACAUUUCAACUGUACAGAUGUCACAUGCUAUAUACACAGAAUUCAUAUAUCAGCUAUGUCAAUUUCAUUUAUCAUCUGUUAGCUUCAGGUUUGGUUGGAAUGUCAUGUCUAACUGGAUGUCACAUUCUGCUGUACGGAUUUCACUGUACUACCACAGUGUACGGUAUCACACUGUGCAGUGACAUGAUCUGGAUGUGAGAUUAAUGUCAGAUCACGAAAUAUAUAUUUACCAAAGAUUGCAAUGUGUUAUCCGGACUCUAACGUUGUAUAUAUUUUGGUUAAUAAAGUCAUGACAAACUG